AUGUUGGUCGACAACAACGACGUGGCUCGCCUGGAUGCCGAUACUCGAGACAAGCUCAUCCAGAAGUUCGGCGACCGUUACGACGAGGUCGUCAAGCGAAGUGCUCGCAGCACCAAGUGGCAGACCUCCUCUACCCUUCGAGAGACUUUCCGACGAUGGCCCAAGUCUGUCGUCUGGUCUGUUCUCUUCUCAUUGGCCAUCGUACAAAUAGGCUAUGAUAGUAGUAUUCUCUCCUCCUUCUUCGCACAGCCUGCCUUCACGGCAAAGUUCGGAACCUGCAAGUUGGCAGACGAUGGCUCGCAAGACUGCGAGAUCUCUGCGCCAUGGCAACAAGGCUUGACCAACGGUGCCUGGAUUGGCGGCAUCAUCGGCUUGCAGCUCGCCGGUAGUGUCGCCGAACGAAUCGGUCACCUUCGACUCAUGAUGAUCAGCACCGUUCUCAUGCUGUCGUUCGUCUUCAUCCCCUUCUUCGCGACCAGUCUUCCCAUCUUCCUCGCCGGUCAGAUCCUCAUGGGUAUCCCUUGGGGUGGAUUCCAGUCUCUUGCUUCAGCCUACGCCUCCGAGAUCUGCCCAGUCUCUCUUCGACCCCUGUUGACCACCUACGUCAACCUGUGCUGGGUGUUCGGUCAGCUUCUGGCGGCAGGUGUGCUGCGAGCCACCGUCGUGCGAUCCGAUGUCUGGGCGUGGAAGAUCCCCUACGCACUCCAGUUCUUCUGGCCUUUCCCCGUCUUCAUCACGUGCAUCUUUGCUCCGGAGUCCCCAUGGUGGCUCACACGACAUGGCAAGGACGAACAGGCAUACAAGUCGCUCGACCGCAUCCUCAGCAAGCAAGGGUUGUCGGCUCCUGAAGCCGAAGAGCUUGUGAAGGAUUACCAAGCCAUGAUUCAGUAUACCGAGGCUCUGGAGCAGAUCAACGAGAAUGACCAGGCGGUCGAGAAGAAGAACCGCUACAUCGACUGCUUUAAAGGUGUCGACCUUCGCCGUACCGAGAUCGCAUGCUGGGCAUGGCUCAUCCAGAUCACCUCUGGUGCGCCGCUCCAAGGUUACUCGACCUACUUCUUCAGCCAAGCAGGACUUUCGACCAUCAACGCCUUCAACAUGUCGAUGGGCAUGUACGCUCUCGGAGCCCUGGGUACCAUCAGCUCUUGGUUCUUGGUCAACCGUGUUGGCCGUCGACAGAUGUACUUGUGGGGUCAGUUGGUCAUGUUCGCCACCAUGCUCGUCACUGGUAUCUUGGGCUUUGUCGGCCAGACGACGGCGGUUUCGUGGGCUAUCGGCGCCAUGCUGUUGAUCUGCACCUUCGUCUACGAUCUCACCGUCGGCCCGAUUUGCUUUGCCAUCAUCGCCGAGGUCUCAUCGACCAGGCUAAGGAGCAAGACGAUCGUGCUCGCUUGCAACACGUACAACAUUGGGCUCAUCGUCGCCAACAUCCUCCAGGCUUACAUGCUCAACUCGGACGCCUGGAAUCUUCAGGCCAAGACCGGUCUCUUCUGGGCUGGUACAUGUGCGAUUUCCAUCGUCUGGACUUACUUCCGCCUGCCCGAGCUGGCCAACAGGUACGUACACAAACGAAACUCAACAAGAAGACCCUUGACAAACUUGCAAGGGUCUCUUCUGCACAACGCCAUGACCUGGACGCGCCAAACUGACACUUCUUCCUCCCGCUCUGUUCCUGAAAUUUCCCUUGAAACUUUUCACACCCAUUUCACGUUCCGCCUCAAAUCUUGCAGGACAUACGGAGAGCUCGAAGUUCUGUUCGCGGCCAAAGUUCCUGCACGCAAGUUCGCGAGCACCGCGAUCGACCAGUUCCAGACCAUCGAGCAAGACGUGGCUUCGGCCGACGUGGAGAAAUCGAGUGUGUCCGAAAAGGGCGCGAGCGAUGACGAAGUCGCGGUGGCUGCUCUGCCCAAGUGA